CCGGCAGCGACGCCCGGGGACGCCCGCGCCCCGCCUGCGCCUCCGAGGCGCGCCCGGGAGCGGGAGCGGCCCAGUGGCCCGCGAAGGCAGAGGCGAGCGCUGGGCGCCGGGAGCCGCUAGCCUGCGGGCGGCAGAGAGCCGGGCAGCGGCCGGAGCGCGGGGGCGCGGCCGGAGGCAGCCGCAGAGCGAGCCGGGGCCGGGGGAGCGCGCCGGGCGCGAGCAACCCUGCGCCGCGGCGGCGGAGGCGGCUUCGCGGGAGACAAAAGCCCGCCGGAGAAACGUGAUGCCCGGCCGGCGCGGGCGCGGGGGCCGCGGCGUCUGAGUCCCCCCACGUCCCCGAGCCGUGCGCCCCGGGGACGCCAAGGCCGGGCUGGUGCCCGAGGCGGAGGGCGACAGGGGCGGCCCAGGUGCGCCCGGCCGCGUCGGGCCCGUCACUGCUCGGGGGGCGGCGCCCUCCCGUCGCCGCCGCAGUGGCCGGCGCCGCAGCGAGGAGCCAUGGGCAACAUCUCCUCCAACAUCUCGGCCUUCCAGUCCCUGCACAUCGUCAUGCUGGGCUUGGACUCGGCCGGCAAGACCACGGUGCUCUACCGGCUCAAGUUCAACGAGUUCGUGAACACAGUGCCCACCAUCGGCUUCAACACGGAGAAGAUCAAGCUGAGCAACGGCACGGCCAAGGGCAUCAGCUGCCACUUCUGGGACGUAGGCGGCCAGGAGAAGCUGCGGCCGCUGUGGAAGUCCUACAGCCGCUGCACGGACGGCAUCAUCUACGUGGUGGACUCGGUGGACGUGGACCGGCUGGAGGAGGCCAAGACGGAGCUGCACAAGGUGACCAAGUUCGCCGAGAACCAGGGCACGCCGCUGCUGGUCAUCGCCAACAAGCAGGACCUCCCCAAGUCGCUGCCGGUGGCCGAGAUCGAGAAGCAGCUGGCGCUGCACGAGCUCAUCCCGGCCACCACCUACCACGUCCAGCCGGCGUGCGCCAUCAUCGGCGAGGGCCUCACCGAGGGCAUGGACAAGCUCUAUGAGAUGAUCCUGAAACGCAGGAAGUCCCUCAAGCAGAAGAAGAAGCGAGGAAGCGCACAUCAGAUCACCUUGGAGUGGUCCUGGGGGAUUUCGCUCCUACAUAUCAUCAGUGAUUUAUUAUACCUCCUGGCCUUUGGAGAAUGAAUGGGUUUCACACAGAGGAAGUUGGCCUCCCCACGUGAGCUUUUGAAAUUGUUUCUCAUAGACACAGGGAGGCCGAUUUUGUUUCAAACGGAUUCUCUUCACAGAUUCUCUGUCAUGGUGUUGGGACGAUGUCUCCUGGGUUCAGUUUUUGUUUCUACAGCUGUAAUUCUCUGUCCUGAACAUUCUUCUGUUCCUGUUCCCUUUUAUAUGCAUAUAUGAUGCUGUGAACAGAAAUAAAUUAUUUAUACAAUCAAA